GUCAUCAUCACCGGCUGCUUCUCCUACUACCAAGAGGCCAAAAGCUCCAAGAUCAUGGAGUCCUUCAAGAACAUGGUCCCCCAGCAAGCCCUGGUGAUCCGGGAAGGGGAGAAGAUGCAGCUGAACGCGGAGGAGGUGGUCGUCGGGGACCUGGUGGAGGUGAAGGGGGGUGACCGCGUCCCUGCCGACCUGCGCAUCAUCUCGGCCCACGGCUGCAAGGUGGAUAAUUCUUCCCUGACGGGCGAAUCGGAGCCACAGACCCGCUCCCCCGACUGCACCCACGACAACCCGCUGGAGACCCGCAACAUCACCUUCUUCUCCACCAACUGCGUCGAGGGCACGGCGCGCGGGGUGGUCAUCGCCACGGGCGACCGCACGGUGAUGGGCCGCAUCGCCACGCUGGCUUCGGGCCUGGAGGUCGGCAAGACGCCCAUCGCCGUGGAGAUCGAGCAUUUCAUCCAGCUGAUCACCGGCGUGGCCGUGUUCCUGGGCGUCUCCUUCUUCGUGCUCUCGCUCAUCCUGGGCUACUCCUGGCUGGAGGCCGUCAUCUUCCUCAUCGGCAUCAUCGUGGCCAACGUGCCCGAGGGGCUCCUGGCCACCGUCACGGUACGUCCUGCCCUGGGCGCUGCCGGGAGCCCCAGACCCCCUCGCGCUGGGGGGGCUCCCCGAGGGAUUUCUCCG